AUGGAUUUUUCAUUACAAAAACAGCCUCGAAAACUGGAAAUUAUGUCACCUGAUCUAGUACUAGAAGCGGCAUUUGAUCGAGGUAAUGUGAAUAGCAGGCAUGCCAUGUACAUAAUAUCGGUGACGUUAAAAAGUGCUAGAUUUGAUAUUAAAACUGUGAUUGUAAGUUUUAAUACUAUUCAUCGAAAACGUGCCUUUCAUGUUACAGAGAUCGAACUGGAAAAGUUAUUAGAAAGGAAAUUAAUUUGGUUUCCGUGUCACCACUAUAUCUGGGAAAUAGUGUUGAAAGGAGUAUUCAAAGUGUUCUGGCCAACACAAUCGGGCCCAAAUGUUCAAAUCUUCACCAGAUUCAAAAAUAGUUGGGACAAAAUAACCCUUGAUAAUUCAAAAUGGCAAUCUGGUAUGACAGACGCUGUUGUUGCCAUUACGAUAGAAGACAAUGCUGUUGACCUGCUUGUUUUCUUUAAAAGUUAUUUACAAAUGAAAUACAACUUCAGUUAUGACUUGGGAGUUUUCGUUAAGUUUCAAAAUAGGCUUUGA